GAUGAUGAUGAUGAUGAUGAUGAUGAUUACCAACUGAAUGAUGCAUUGAAGGAUUUCCAUAUUCAUAUUGAAGAACCAGCCACAUUUUUCUCAUUUCUCACAAGUAAAGAGCGAUUUGACAUUAGCCAUAAGAAGAAAGAUAUGAUCACAGACUGCAGAAAGUUACACCGAUUUGCUAAAAAGAAUGUGUAUUUAGAUAUAGAAUGUGGUGAAAAUUUAUUCACUAAAUACAAUGACAUGGACAAUAUGAACUGUCACACAAUCCAACUGCAGAACAUACCAAAUGUCACCUUGGAAACAAAAGGAAUUUCAUUGGUUGUAAAUCUAAAUCACUAUUAUGAAGAUGUUUAUGUCAAGAAAAAAAUCCCAAUUACUACAUCCAGUGAAAGAGGCUUAAAAGUGUAUAUACAUGAACAUAACACCAUGGCAUAUGCCCAAAACCAUAUAAAAGUUACCCCUGGACACUUGAUUGAUAUUGAAAUAGAUGUUUCUCAUCACAGCAAACUAGGUGAACCAUAUGGCCCAUGUACUAAAACAUCAACAGUAGAAUUCAGAACCCCAAGCGGAACCAAGUAUGCUUAUAGCGAAGGAUCUUGCAUUGCUGCCUGUAUACAACAGAAAAUCUUGAAAAAAUGUGACUGCAUUCUUCAAGAAUUCCCUCUUUUAGAAAAUAAAAAAGUUUGUAUGAGCAUACGGAACAAUAAAUCAACCUAUUUGAAACAAUUAUCCUGUCUUGAUGAAUUUUGGAAGUCAUCUACAAGCCAUAACAGGAUAUGUAACCAACAAUGUGGUCCAAAAUGCAAAGGAUAUUCCUACACAACAACAGUGAGCCAAACAAGAUGGCCGAAUGAAGACCGACACCUUUGGUUUUACAAUAAAUAUAUCAGUGGUUCCACCUUUCAAGACUUUUAUGAAGACUAUGCCAAAUUGGCCGAAGAGCACAUGGAUGCUGAAUCAACAGAAGAAGAAAACGAAAACUUCAAAAUAACAGACACUAUCGACAAACUCCGCAAUAUGACCCUAUUGCGGGACAAUUUUGUUCGGCUUGAUGUAUCAGUAACCACCCAGAAAACUAUUUACAGAGAAGUUGAGCUUGUGUCAACAUUUACGUUCUACAACACUAUUGCAUCAAUGUUCAUAUUUUGGAUCGGGUGCACAUUUUUUAGCUGUUUGGAGAUCAUUGAAGCUGUUGCUCUAUGGAUCAGAGGACGUGUCACAUCAGCUAACAAGCACCCCAUAACAAAAGUGAUUCCACUUGAUAAGAGGGAGGUAAAGAUGUAAGAUUUGUGUUAUACUUUUAUGGCAGUGAGAUUGAACUGUGACAG